AGCAGUUGCUGUGCUGUGUGGUAACAUACGUACGAGUAUAUCUGUUUAUUGUGCAAGACAUUGUUUCGAGUGUUGUUCGGCCCCUCAGUGCAGUGUGUUCGUGUUUUAUGAUGUAAUUAUUCUUUUAUAAAGCGUUUGAACCUGGAAAUGUAACACCGCCAAAAGCGAAACUGUAAUAUUGUUCGUAGGAUUAAGGCAAGUUCUUCGUAAGUGGUUUUCAGAAAAUGAGACUUCAGUAAUGCUGGGAUUGGUGAUUGACUAUUGAAUCACCGUAUUUGGUAACGGCUUCGGUUCGAGGUACAGAACACAUCAUCUUUGAUUGCUUGGCCGGCCGCUAGAGGUCACCACUACGGGCAGCGAUCAUGGUGGAGUACUACCGGAUCCUAGAAGUUUCUCGGAACGCGUCCACAGCAGAAAUAAAAAAAGCAUACCGGAAAUUAGCUCUAAAAUGGCAUCCUGAUAAAAACCCAGACAAUUUGGAAGAGGCAAAUAAGAAAUUCAAAGAAAUUUCUGAAGCAUACGAAGUUCUGUCUGAUGACGCGAAACGUCGGAUGUACGACGCCCGCCUGCAUCAGCGAUCCGCCUCUCACUCCACUAGGGCCCCACGAAACUUCAAUUUCCGUGGGUUUUUUGAGUCGCCGUUCCAGCGUUUCUUUGACAAGAAGCGCAAGGUGUAUGACGUAUAUGGCAAGGAUGGGCUUUCACAGACACCUCGGGGCCGUUCAAGGCAUUAUGGUGGCACUCCAGGUGAUGAUUUCGACAUACCAGGUUUUACUUCAUUCACUUUCCGUGAUCCUGAAGAGGUCUUCAGAGAGUUCUUCGGUGGACGUUCCCCAUUUGAGGAUCUCUUAACAGGAUUUAACAGGAGUCAAGGACAUGGUCGUCACAGCCGCAACUCGCAUACGCAGAACACGAUUACUUCUUCAUUUUUAAAUCCAUUUGGCUCACUAAGCUUUGGCAUGGCUGGAUUUGAUGACUUAUUCAGUGCACGCCAUUCAGGGCCAGAAGCCUUCACGUCAUUCUCAUCCCUUAGCAAUUUCAGUGGACCAAGUGGUGGGGCUGUCAAGAGGACGUCAACAUCUACCAGAUUCAUCAAUGGAAAGAAGAUAACAACUAAGAAAAUUUUGGAAAAUGGAAGAGAGACUGCAAUGACGUACGAGAAUGAUGUCCUCAUCUCGAAGACUGUAAAUGGCGUUAAUCAAUCCAUCACCAACAGUUAAUUAUAUUGCUCCAGAUGUUAAAUUAUUUUGUUCAGUAAGAAGAGAUAGAUCACAAGAGACUGACUGUUUUCAUCUUUCUCUCUCUCUCUUUUUCCAGUGUUAGCAACAUAAUAUAAUACAGCAGAAAUUUGCCAGUUGCUGCCAAGUUCUUUGUGGACCACAUGUAUCAAUAUACAUACAUAUGUACAAUACACACAUGAUAUUUAAAGUAAAUGUUUUGGAAAGCGUGUGACUGAUGGUAAAUUUACUGCUGUUAAUGUUUGAGUGAGUGGAUGUGUUAACAGCAAAAUAGUGAUAUGUACUGCAGACAGUGAGCUUUUGCUGUUCAUUUGAAGUAAUGUAGGACAGUUAAUUGUUCUGUGUAUUUUCUUGAAAGGAUGAAGGUUCUUGGAUAAUAUUUUAUGUUAUUUGAAAGAUUUAAGUGUCCCUGCAUGUAAAGUGCUACUGUUAUGCCAGAAAAUAUUUCCCUCCCAUUAUUAUAUGCAGAGAAGUUAGUGGUGGAGAUGGAAAAAGGCAGCAUCUCUUCUUCUUAUGAUUUUUGUGAAUAAAGGGGGAUAGAAAUGUCUGUUUCCUGUUUCUUAAGAGGUCAAGGCUUUGAAAUAUUUGCAUAUUUAAAUUAAAUAACAAAUCAAUAAAAACUAAUGUAAAUUGCAUUCUUCUAACAUUUAUUUUUAUCAAUCUAAUAUCAGAAUUGCCUUCAAAAUAAAAGGAACACUGAUACUAAGUAUAGUAAUGCAUUGUGCUUACACUUAAUUGUCUUUGUUCUCAAUUUUGUUAAGUAGUUACUUCCUUCUUUUUCUAAUGUUACUGUUAAAUAAGAAAAUCUGUGAUUUGUGGUUUUUUAUGUAUGUAAGAUAUGUGUAGUUGGAAUAAUUCACAUGCUACAGAAUUCAUUUAAGUGUGUAUAUGAGUUCAAGACAAUUUACUUUAAAACUCUUACUUUACCUAAUAUUAAUUUGGCCAGAAGUGUAUUGUAAACAGGUCGUCACAACGAUUGUAAUUUUUUGGUCUAGAGCCAUAAAUCUUUAUUGCAAGA